GGUGGGAGGUUCAGAGAUCAGAGACACUCAGCACUCGGAUGUGACCGACUCUCAGGGGAACAGAGCUAAUCGCUAAUAAUUGCUAAUCGAUCCAAGUGAGGAGAGAUGCAUCACCAAAAGCACCACUGUUCUCUGGCAGACAGACAGUGUAUCUGUAAUAGUUCGAAGAGACAUCAUGGUGGAUUUGAGUACGAUUCAUGUAGAGAGCAACAGAAGGAGGACAUCAACAUCCCGGGGACGCAAGAAUGUCCGAGUGUGUGUUAUUACCCAGGAGACAGCGAGCUCCCCCAUGCGUACCUUCAGAACGAGACUGAAUCCUGCUUGAGUGAUUCUGAAAGUGAUUUUGGAGAAAUGUGCCACCAGACCAAUGUCCAUGAUGUCCACCAUGUCCAGAUGGAUCCAUGCUUCCAGACCUGUGAUGGUAGAGAACUCAACCCUGAAGUUUCUCAUUCUCAAAGAAUGAAUGAAGAGCCAGAACCGAGCGAAGACACUUUACGCCCAUGCAGGACCGUAGAUUCAAGAUGGAGUAGCAACCAAUGGCCAUCCUUACCUCCUCCGUGUUGUAAUGUCAGAAACGCAUUGGUGGUGGGAAUGGAAGUGGAUGUACUAGAAGAGGUGGUUUACGAGGACACGGAAAUCGUUCAAACACAAACCAUGUUUGACGGAUGCCUGGAGGAUCAUAUGAUGGACUCCACCUCAUGUUAUUGUGACCAGUUGUUUUUCAUGUGACUGUAUCAAAUUGUAUUAUUAUUAUUAUUAUUAUUACUUAAAUUAUUCUACAUCAUUAUAUUACUACAUAAAGUUAUUUUUAAUGAAAGGUUUAUUAAUAAGUUUUUCCAUCUGUGUAUGUGUACAAUGUCUUUAGGAUCAUGUCUGCUUCCUAUUUACUAGCAUAUUUA